CUUGGCACGAUGACGUUCGGCUGGGCGCAGGCCUCCAAGCCGGUCGAUGUGGGUGUGGCGCGCAGCAUGGUGGAGACCUUCCUGCGGCGAGGCGGGAGGGAGAUCGACACCGCACGCAUGUACGCCGAGGGCAACACCGAGGCGAUGAUAGGGGAGGUGCUCGCCUCGCUGCCCGCCCCGCAGGCGGCGCUCGCGCUGCUCGCCACCAAGGCCAACCCGGAUGAGGAGCGCGGCGGCGACGGCACGGGCGGGCUGGAUGGCGCGCGGCUGACGGCGCAGAUUGAUGCAUCCCUCGGCGCGCUCCGCACUCCGGAGGUGGACCUCUUCUACCUUCACUGGCCCGACGGCGCGACGCCGCUGCAAGAGACGCUCGAGGCGACGCAGCGGGCGUACGAGGCGGGACGCUUCCAGCGGCUGGGCCUCUCCAACUACACGGCCGACGAGGUGGCGACCAUCCACGAGCACAUGAGCGCACGCGGCUGGGUGGCACCCUCCGUCUACCAAGGAAUGUACAAUGCGUGCACGCGAGGCGUCGAGGCUGAUCUGCUGCCGCUGCUGCGCGAGAGAGGCAUCUCGUUCGCGGCGUACAACCCUCUGGCGGGCGGCCUGCUGACGGGCAAGCACAUGCACACCGCCGCCGAGGACGCCGCCGAGGGCCGCUUCGCCAACAACGAGGGGUACCUGCGGCGGUACUGGCACGCCGACUACUUUGCCGCGCUCGUGGCGGCGCGCGAGGCGUGCGAUGCGGCGCAGGUGCCGAUGGCGGAGGCGGCGUUGCGAUGGCUCGCGCACCACUCAAGUCUCGACGGCGGCCGCGGCGACGGUAUCAUCCUCGGCGCGUCGUCCGUGGGCCAGCUCGAGGCCAACCUUGAGGCGACACGCGCAGGCCCGCUG